AUGAUGAAACUUCGAUUCCUUGCCCAUAUUCUCAGAGCAUUUCAGAGAUGGCUUUUACGACUUGCUCGCCAUUCUGCGAGUUCAUUAUCUGUUUUCUUGUCUUCACUCCGUCUAUUUGCUACAGGCCGUUCAAAGCCCGGAGUUAGGAGAUCGACCACCAAACCUCGCCUUCCCCGGAGGGCUUUUCUGCGACCCCUCGAAGCGGACACCGUAGAAGAGAAUUUAUAUACUUGUUCCAGUUUUUUACCUCCUGGUGAAAUACAGGAAGUCGCAAGAGAGCCUCUAUCUCUUUCAGAUUUCCCUUACGCAACAAUUUCUCCUUCACAACCCCCACGACAUGUAGAACGAGAGAAUACGUCGAUGUCUUUGCCGGAGACAACGAUGGGGUCAAGUUUGAUCCUGAGUAUGGGAGAGAGCCCGACGAGAUACGCGCCAUACACGAAACCGGUUCGUUCUCGCCGAGUCACGAUUCACAAUCCCGUCGCAGAUUUCCACCGUAGAUCUACGGACCCUGUUACUGUUCCGUUAGAUUUGCCUACUCAGGCAGUACCAGUAUCCGAUCCGGUUAUAGGUAGUCACAACAUUGCUUUGCCUUGCAGCGAAGAGCAAUUGGGUCCAGGGCAGCCAGGCCCGGAGGUCGGCAUGGUCUACGACAACCUGCAAAUAGGCCUCCUGGUUGCAGAGGAAGUCAGGCGGUAUGAGAUAUAUACACCAAGGAGUUCUUUACCGUCCCAAAUCAUUGUUCCUGCCAUGACGGUGAAAUUCCCCUUACACGACAUGGCUAUACCCCCGGGAUGGACUACACUCGUGCAUCCGCAAGGUUCUCGCUACUUCGUGAACGCAGAAAGGCGAACAUUCACACAAAUGAAUAUUUGCGACGAGAAAAUAUACAAUGUCAUAAAACAAUUCAUGGAUUGCUUGCUGCGUUCACUCCGUGAUGAAAGUGAGGACCUUGAGCUCGACAUGGCGCAGGUGGACCUUGUGAUCGAGCCGAAGUUUUCCACCGAUACCAAUACGGUGGUUUGUUGCUAUUAUUUCGCCAACCACCGCGAUAGGUGCCUCUUCUGGCUGGAUGAGUACAGUACCGAGGAUAUUCUCUCUGAAUGUAAUGGCGUCGAGAAUCUUUCACACAUACGGCUUGCCAUCCAAGCACAAUAUUGGAAACAUUGCGAUUACUUCCCUUGCCUGUGCCCCAUUACACAAAAUCUUGUUGAUGAGGUGAAGGAUAUGCUGAUAUAUGCCGAAUGUGACCACCUAACCUCUCGCCACUCAACUGCACCAUUCGAUAUCAUCGAAAUCAGAGACUAUAUAUCUAUUAUAGAUAUGAUCAAGGUCCAUUCCACUGCGGGCGAGAGCAUGCACCGAUGUCACGCUGCUAUUGUUAUUGGCCGAAUCAUGUAUGCAUUCAGUCGCAAUCACUUUAUCAACUCCCAUGGGGAGAACUGUGUGAGAUUGGCCUUUGAUCAAACAGUCCAUCCAUACACACCAUCGUUGUUGAUAGUUAUUAUUGCACCCCUUUUGUUUUUGGACCCUAUGGCUCUAGUCCGAGAACUGCACACGAUAUUUGUCGACAAUACGCCUUCCUCAGAGCGGUGGAAUACAUUCAACUUAAAUCUGAAUGGGCAGCUUCAGGACUCUACUCUUCUGGCCACUGUCUUACUCAAUGCCAACGUUGGGUUUCUCUCUAUCAACAGCGUUGAUGCGGGCGGUAGAUCCCCUGUUCAGGUGGCAAGCUACAUGUCUCUUGUGUCAAGCCUGGGAAGUAUGAUUCUCGGUUUGUUGCUUGUUUCGCAUAAUCGAUCCAUGGGCCAAUUGGGCACAGUCCUCCAAACGGAAGUUUUUCUAUCAGGACUUGGCGAGAAAGAACGCAGACUGGAAAGGCUGGCCAUAAUUUACAGCCUUCCGAAAACGUUGCUCAUCAUGGUCUUCUUCUUUGCGGCUUUCUCCGUCCAUUGGUGGAGUCCCGGAGAUCAAACUACCAGAGCCGUUGUUGGUUCUGUGAUAAUGGUCGCACUUGUAAUGAUCUCAUACGGCAUCAUUCGAGCUAAGUGUGGAGGGGAUCGCUGGUGGCGACCACUAGUAUUGCCACUCGCAAGAAUCGUCAUGAAACUAUUGACAUAUCUGGCUGACGUUAUGAAGCAAGUCAUGGUGUCCACCGGGAUGAGAAAAGCUCAUGUUGUCCAAGAUCCUUCAUCACACACUGAAGGGAUCAUUCUGGCUCUACCAAGUUUUCCUGCACGCCACUUUCAAACAAACGCUGAGGUAGACAUUUCAGGGCGCAGCACCUCCCAUCCAACAACUUCACCCGAUUUACUACCCAGCCCAGACGAUCAUGAACACCAUCCCGGCUCUUCUAUCCCCCAAACCCGGUCAUCCCAACCCACCACUUCUGCGGACUCACCUCCACAACCACAUGUCAGCAUUUUCGCGCCUCCAUCAUCAGAUACACACACUGGCCCAGGUGAUUUGCCAGGCGUUGGCUCAUUGCAGCAGAUUCGAGAAAUCCAGCUUGUAUUCCAGUCUACUGCAGAGGUUCGCUAUGAACCUGAUGUUGCACCCUUAGGCGUGCCUGGUUUUUCUUGUAUAGAAGGAAGGGAGGCUGUGAACUACACCGCGAAUGUGGUCGAGGAGCCAGAGGAAUUAGAACAUCCUCAACCUUCACCAAGCUAG